AAAUGACUCAUUCCGGAAGUGACAAGUACAAUGCGGGCUUGAGAAUAAAGUUUACUGGGCAUUCGCGUCUCACUCAGGGAGGAUGCCAGAUCUUCAGGACAUUUCCAAUGCUAUAUCAGAGCUGCAGCCUGAAGCCAUCACUGAUAUUGGUGUGCUUGCAUCCAAGAAAGACCCUCCAGCAGACUACAAUGUUGUUGCACAAACAACAGAUGGCUUCGACGCCAACCUUUGGAAGGACAGCAUAUUCAAAUCCAAGGUCACGCGCUAUCUGUGUUUCAGCCGAGCCUCGAAAAAUAAGCAAUUAUGCAACGUAGUGGUGGACAUGAAGCUGAUGGACUUGAAGGAAACUCUGCCCGAGGGCUUCACUUCGAUUCAAGACACCAUGGAUAGCCAGGAACAGGCUUUGAAGAAGGAAAGGUUGUGUGUCAAGUUGGUCCCCAGACACACUACUAAUACUGCUAUAUGUGAUCUGGUCAUCCAGGGAAAGACCAAGCAUGGUCUUGCUAAUUACACAUAUAUAGGAGAGAUGAAUAGUUUGGGGAUUUGGUGUCAGUUGGGAAACAUCACUAAGUUGAAGGACACAGGACACAAAACCUCGUCUGCAUCUUCAUACACUUCUGAUGUUGUCAGGCAAUUCCCUGUGUCCCCAACAUCUAGUCCUACCAAAAAGAACAUUGUCAGACCGGAUUAUGAACACCACAUCCACAACCUUUACACCACAUCAGGCUGUAACCCAUCUUCCAGGCUGACCUUUGAUGAAGUCGACCGUGGCCAUAAAUCCUGUGCAGAAUCCACUCACACCUUCAUGUUUCAACCCUGUUACUACAUUUGACCAUUCAGGGGUUUAAAACCACAGCCUUUGAUAGCCAAGCAGAUGGACCUGUAAAUGGUGGCCAUGAUACAGCUACAAAUCUUUUAAGUUUAUGUGCAUAUGGUAUAAAACAUGAAAAAGUUAUUUAAGAUUCAGAUGUUGCAUGCUAAUUGUGUGUCUAUGUUGUGCUUGUCACAAAUCUCCACAACUCAUCUUAUUUUACUUUAGCACACCCGGUAUCACAGUCUAUAUCUACAUUCAUUUUUGAUUUCUCUUAAAUUCAGAUUCUUAGUAAAUUUGUCUUACAACAUGAAACAGAGAUUAACUUCUCCGCUCCAGGUCAUUAUUUAUCCGCGAUCUUACACACACAGGGAACGGAUCAGUGCUUGGACUGGUUUCAGUGCUCUGAAAGUCAUUUUUUCUCUCAUGGGAUACAUGGAGACCCCUGGGUCAGCACAUGCAGGGAGCACCGAAUGUGCUGUUAGAGAUGAGGGGGUGCUGGAUAGAUUAGAAAUGCUAGCUUUUGACAGACGCUGCACAGAUCUUCAUCUGCAGAUCCAGCCAGCUGAGAAACAUCUGGAGGGAUGCCCACUCAGAUACAGACGUCGAGAGCUGUGUGCUGAGUUUCCUUUAUAGCACGCCAAUGGCCAGUGGAGUUGUGUCAUGUUUGUUGAUUUACAGUAAGUGGCUUUUUGACGUGAAAAUAUUUAUACUAACACUA